CUCCAGGACAGCAGUUGAAGAGAGCUCAGUCCUGCAAGGAAGAGGCCAGGACAUUCAGAGGAGCAAAGGAUGGUGACCACAGACAGCGCUGAACCCGGAGGGGUGAGAAAGAUGCUGAAGCCCUUGGUGGAAAAGCGUCGGAGGGAUCGGAUCAACCGGAGCCUGGAAGAACUGCGCCUGCUGCUUCUCCAAAGGACCCACUGCCAGACUCUGAAGAAACCCAAAGUGGAGAAAGCUGAGAUCUUGGAGAUUGCCGUGGGCUACCUGCGAGAGAUGGCCUCUGCCAAGUCCCAGGGAGCUGACCUCUCUGAAGACCGGACCCUACAGACCUGCUUCCGGGUGGGAUUCCAGGAGUGCCUCCUGGGCUUGGCGGCCUUCCUUCAGCAAGCCCACCCCUCGGUCCAGAGCCACCUCCUGGACACCUUGCAUCUCUACUUGGCCUCCAAACCUGAAGCCCAGCCGCAAGACUGGAACUACUACUACGCCUUCUCCCCAAGUCCUUCCUCCUCCUCUUCCUCCUCCUCCUCCUCGGGGUCUCCGCCGAGGACUCCAGAAGCCUUCUCUUCGCCCCAGAAGAUCUGGAAUGAACCCGAACCAUUGCGCCCGAAUCCAGACCCUCCUUGCUGCAGUGCAGGACAACACGGGAGUCGGCAAAGGGAGGCCGAAGGAAAUACCAACGCAACCAAAAGGAUUCCCCCGCCGCCACCCGCUUUCUGGCGUCCUUGGCCCUAAGUUGUCAUCUACUUCUGUUCAAGCUCCUCUUUGUUUUGUACAUAAGUUAAAGUAAUAAUAAAUAUAUAUAUCUUAUUUUGGGUUACAUAGCAGGGUGAUUUGGUGAUGCAUAUAUACAUAUAUAUAUAUACCAUAAUGGUAAUGCACCCACCC